UAGCGUCAAUAUUCAGCGAUUCCUCUUCUACAGCGACCAAAUUAAGAUCUUUCCCUUUUCCCCUCGAUAAUGUCUUCUUCUUCUUCUGACGAUGACGAAGGAGAGUACGUCCCCAUCGCGUACCGGCCGGAGUUCCGAGAGACGAUGGAUUACUUUCGCGCUGUUUACAUCGCCGACGAGCGCAGCCAUCGGUCUCUUAGCCUCACCACCGAGGUUAUUCAUCUCAACGCCGGCAACUACACUGUCUGGCAUUUUAGGCGUCUAGUUCUUGAGGCACUGAAUGUUGAUUUAUGUCUUGAAAGGGAUUUUAUUGAUCGUCUUGCUGUGAGAAACUCCAAGAAUUAUCAGAUCUGGCAUCAUCGGCGGUGGGUUGCAGAGAAACUGGGAACAGAAGCUUCAGAGAGGGAGCUGGAGUUUACUAAGAAGAUACUUGAUCUUGAUGCUAAAAAUUACCAUGCGUGGUCGCAUAGGCAGUGGGUGCUUCAGGCCUUAGGCGGAUGGCAAAAUGAGCUUGCUUACUGUGACAAGCUGCUUCAGUAUGACAUUUUCAAUAACUCAGCAUGGAAUCAGAGGUACUUCGUGAUCUCAAGAUCUCCACUUCUAGGAGGCCUUCGAGCCAUGCGAGAAUCUGAGGUAGGUUAUACAAUCUUAGCAAUCUUAGCAAACCCUGAGAAUGAAAGCCCAUGGAGAUACCUACGAGGCUUGUACCAAGGCGAGACUGAACUUUUAGUAAGUGAUAAUCAAAUCUCAGAAGUUUGUCUCAAGAUCUUGAAGACCAAUCAGAGCUCCGUAUUUGCUCUCGGCCUUCUGUUGGAUCUCCUUUGCUAUGGCUUUCAGCCUUCUGGUGAAUUGAGGGGUGUUAUUGAAAGUUCAAGAAAUCUUGAAGCCGGAUCUGCAGAUUCCAAUUUAGCGACGAGCAUUUGCUCUAUUUUGGAGGCUGUUGAUCCUAUGAGAUCCAACUAUUGGGGAUGGCGCAGGAGCCGUAUCUCUUCUCAGGUUUGUUGAGGUGGUCAAGAACCUGUACUGGUGUUCAUUACUUCAGCUGUUCUUUAUGGGCUUCCAUGAUUCAGCGAUUAAUAUUUGCUCUUUGAGUGUGGACUUUUUAAACAAUGAAAUUGAAAUAUGUAUGUUCAUGGAAAAUGUGAUUGGACUUGGGGAUAUAAUUUAAUACUCAUAUGUAGCAGCAUUAAUUUGAAAUGUGAUUUUUAUAUUCCUGACUA